CCACAACCACGCGAGAGUUUGUUUUGAUUCUUCAUACUUUAGGAGGUAGUGUUUUAUUUGAUUUUUUUGUUUUUACAUGCAACUUGUAUAUAGGUACUCUGCUUGAUAUUUUUGCAUAUUUUAAGAGGGAGAACUGGGGAAGAAAAGGAGUACUUGAUUGCCAUCGCAGAGAUGUCGGCUGACCCUGCGCCUGUGCGUCGCUCGACGCUUCUGGCGGCGGCGGCGGCGGCAGUGGUGUCUCUGGCGGCCGUCUGGCUGUGGCGCCGCCCCCGCUCCCGCCCGCUCCGGGCGCUCCCGCAGAAGAGGAUCGUGGUGGUGGACUCUACUGAUCAGUGGUCGACCGUCGGACGGGAGCUGAGAGCGCGGUGCUCCGAGACGCCCGUACUGGGCCUGGACUGCGAGUGGGUGACGGAGCCGGGCGGUCGGCGGCGGCCGGUGGCGCUCCUCCAGCUGGCCACCCUGGAUGGACUGUGUGUGCUGGUGCGGCUCUGUCGGCUACCGGAUCUGCCAGAGGACCUGCGGUCGCUGCUGCGGGACCGCUCGGUGCUGAAGGUAGGCGUCGCCUGUCUGGAGGACGGCGCGCUGCUGCUCGCGGAUCACGCGGCGCCGGUGCGCGGCUGUGUCGACCUGCGUCACCUGGCCGGCCGGCACCCGGACAAAGCGCGCCUGCUGCGCCGGCCCGGCCUGGCCGCGCUGUCUCAACAUCUACUGGGAGUGCACCUGAGCAAGGGCCGCCGCCUGCGCUGCAGCAACUGGGAGACGGACGCGCUCAGCGCCGACCAACAGGAGUACGCCGCGGACGACGCUCUGGUGGGCGCGCUGCUGUUCCGUGCCCUGCUCGAGCCCAAAGUACCGGAGCUGACUCGGAGUACGUGGCCACGAGUACUCUCUGCCUGCCAGGGCCUGGUCGACUGCAAGUACAAGCCAAGCCACGCGGCCCGUCAGCACGCCGACCCUGCCGUGUCGACGCCGCCGUCGGCCCCCGCUCCGGCGAACCGCGGCGGGUCACGUACGGUACCCACCUCCUACCAGCAGUCCAAACAGGUGUCUGCGGGCUACCAGCUGCGGAAGAGCCAGCUGUACGACAACGCCCGGCUGCUGGCACCGGACGACCAGCCGCUCAGCGUGGUGGAAAACUCCAAGGCCAGGUGGUACGUGUAUAAGGGGCUGGGCGAUAUAGUGCAGGAGGAUCCCCUGGUGGUAAAACUGCGGUUCGAGCCAGCCGGUCGGCCCCAGCAGGAGGGCAACCACGGCUACUACUACCUGCAGGAGAAGGACAACUGCUGUGUGCGAUGUGGCGCCAGCGACGGCUACGUCAGGAAGAACAUCGUGCCGCAGGAGUACCGAAAACACUUCCCCGAGAUAAUGAAGUCGCACCAGUCGCACGACGUGCUGCUGAUGUGCGUCAGCUGCCAUCAGGAAAGUAACAUCCUGGACCUGAAGAUGCGCCAGAGACUGGCUGACGAGUGUCACGCUCCUAUCGGGACAGAGGCUGAUGUCAAGGUGCGGGAGGACCAGGCGCUACGGAAGGUGAAGUCAGCGGGCCGCGCGCUGCUCAAGAGUCGCGACAAGCUGCCGCCGCAGCGGGCCGCCGAGCUGGAGAGCGUGCUGCGCGACUACUACGGCGUCAGCACCAUCACCGACGACAUUCUCCACAGCGCCGCCAACAUGUGCACCAAUCACCCUAACUCGGAGUACAUGUCCCACGGCGAGGCCGUCUACCGACACUUCUGCCAGCCCGGCCGCGGCCUCAUCCAGCUAGAACGACGCUGGCGGCAACACUUCCUCGACUCCAUGCGGCCCGCCCGGCUGCCCGACCUCUGGAGCGUCGACCACAACCACGCCAAGAUCCGCUGGAAGAUCCGACGCGCCGACUGGCCGCUGAGAGUGAGAGAGGAUAUUUGGAGGCGGUGUAUUGGGUCGGAGUACUGGGAUGAGAAGGACGAGGGCCCGGUGAUGGGGCCGGGACCGGGCGCCGGGCGUGUGAGGGAGAGGGAGGAAGAGGAAGGUGAGCAGGAUGUUGAGACCGAAGAUGGUGGAGAGGAGAUAGAUGUGGAGGAGGAUGGAGAAGUGGGUGUAGAGCUGGGAGAUGAAGAUGAGGAACUGGAAGAUUAUGAUGGGGAAGAUGUUGAGGUUGAGGUGGAGGGUGAGGUUGACGUACAGGUGACAGAAGAGGGAGUUGAAGAGAAGUUUGAAGAAAAUGACAAGAGAACAGUGAACGGUUACGGAGGCGCCGCCAGCACCUAGGCGGCGCCACUGACGCGGUGGACCCGUGGCGGCGUGCGGUGUCGUCAAGAAGACGUCCGUGUUCCAAUGGCUAACGUGUCCCGAUUGACCGGAACGCUCAGUGGUCAGCGUCACAGCCGCUUUCGGUAAGUCCGUCCUCGAGAGAGGGAGAGGGUGUGAAACAGGGUAUCGAGGGGGGAUGGGAUGGAGGGUGCUGCUGGUUGUUGCUGUUACAGCAAACACAUUACGCAGGCCAUCACUUGGGCUACGUAUUCGUCCGUAGAUAGUUGGGACCAGGUACUACCCAGUACCCACUAGCUUGGGUACUGGGUAGUACAAGAGUAGCGUACAAGUUGCGCCUGUGGUGCAGUGGCGCGCGUUGCGUCUUGUGAUGUCCCACUCCACUUCAUGAUAAUGGGUAAUUAUUUGCCUGACCGAGUGCAGUUGAGAAGCCAGUCACUGUCGCGUGCUCUAUCCCGCUGCAGUGGGAUCAGAAUAACAGCUGCGUGGUGCAGAGACGGUCCUGAGAAGUGCCUUACCAACCCUGGUUCAGGUUUAUUCUGGUGGUGCUUGACUUGUCGAUUUCAUCGACAUAUGACUGGGUUGUUGUGUCGCUGGCUUGUGUUUUUCAUCGACUGCUUUUCAGACAUUUUUAAUCAGCUAUCCACAUUCUUACCUUUUGCAAUGCAUUGCUGUGAUCAUUGGUGUUUGAUGUGUGCGACAAUCACAAAAUUCGACUGUUUUUAAUCAUA